AUGGCUUCUUACCUCAUCACCGGCUCUUCCCGCGGCAUCGGCUUUGCUGUUGCAAGCUUCCUUGCGGCUAAGCCCGCUACUGAGAUCAGCAAAGUAUUUGCUUCUGCUCGAAGCGAAUCAGACGGUCUCAAGGAGCUGGUUGCCAAAUCUGAUGGCCGUGUUGAGUACGUGCAGCUCGACGUCACCUCUCAAGAGAGUGCAAAGAAAGCCGCUAGCCAGGUUGAGCAAUCGCUCAAUGGGAAGGGGCUUGAUGUUCUCAUCAACAAUGCUGGCGCUAUGGUCUUUACUCCCGGAGGAAUUCAGACUAUGUCCGAUUUGGAUGACACAUUCAAAAUCAACGUCACCGGUGUACACAACGUGACGUCCGCCUUCAUCCCGCUACUUGAAAAGGGAAAUCUCAAGAAGGUUGUCAAUAUCUCGACCACGCUUGGCUCCAUGGCCAUGGCAAAAAACUACGCUCAAAUGCCCGUCCCCUCGUACAAAAUCACCAAAGCCGCCCUGAACAUGCUGACGGUCCAAUACGCAUUGGAUUUCGCCGAGAAGGGCUUUACCUUCAUUGCCGUCUCUCCUGGUUGGAUCAAUACGGACAUGGGUGGCUCUGGCGCCGACCUCACCAUCGAGCAGGGCACCAAGGCAGUCACGGACGUUAUCUUCCGUGUCGGAAAGGAGGACAGUGGCAAGUUCUUCAACGUCAGCGUCCCCGGCUGGGAGAAUGCAACAGGCCUCAACAGGUACGACGGCGGUAAUCCGCCGUGGUAA